AUGGGCAAUUGCGCUUCCGUCAUAAAUUAUUCCAAGUUUAAGAUUAAAAAAAAAGAAAAAAAAAACAGCAUUGAUGAUACACAUUCUCAAAAGAAUAAAUACAGAGAUGCCAUAAAUAAAUAUGCUCAAGAAAAUAAUGCAAGAGGAGAAUGUGAAAAUUAUUGUGAUGAAUUUUAUUCAAGAAGAAACAAUAACACGAAUAUUAAAUUAAAUAAAGGAAUGAAAUCUUCUCAAAAGAAUAAUGCAUUAAGAAAUACGGAUCAUUCCAAUUGCGAUAAUAGUAAUAUAUCAUCUGAUCAAAAUGAGAUUAAUAUGAAUGAUGGUGUUUCCAUAAAUAAUAUGAAAAAAAAUAAUUUAGAUAAUAUAAAUAAUAUUGAUGAUGAUGAAUUAUAUGUUAAAGAAAAAAAAGAAGAAAGUGCAUUUGAUAAAUGGAAAAAAAAAAAAAAAAAAAAAAAUUCUGAACAAGUCAGUGGUGAGCUAGCUAAAAAUAAUACGAAUGAUCAUGUAAAUUAUGAAAAUGAAAAAAGGGAAUAUAGCACCAAUAAUAUGAAUAAAUUGAAUAAUAUGAAUAAUAAUAACAAUUGUAAUAAUAGUUCUAUUAUAUAUGACAAUAACGUUUCCAAUAAUUACAAAUACUACAAUAAUAGUUGUAAUCUUUGCAAUGAUGAUGAAAAAUGUGUGCAUAAGAUGAAAGGAUUAAAUUGCACGUAUGAUGAAGAUGAUGAAAGAAGAAAAUGCUCAGAUGAAAAUAUAAAUAAAUUAUUAAUAAAAAAUGAUGAGGAUAGUGUUGAGUAUAGUAUUGAGGAUAUGAAUGAUGAUUAUGAAAAUGGUAAUAAUAAUAAUAAUAAUAAUAUUAUUAAUAAUGGAAGUACUAUUAUUAAUAAUAAUAUUAUGGUUAAAAAGAAUAAACAUGAGAAUUUGUUAAGCAUUAAAUAUAGUAAUAUGAUAUUAAACGAUAUUAGAGAUGUGGAUAUAAUCGUUGUUUUUUUAUUUAGUUUAUUUUUAUAUUUUAAUGCAAAUAAUAUUGUUGAUAUGUUAGAUCGAAAUAAAAAGGAUCGAUAUUUUUUAAUAAAUUCUUUAAAUAUUAAUCAUGAUGUUAUAAAGUUUCCAACAUUUCCAAAAGAGAUAGUAGAGAGUUUUUUAAAAAAUGAUUUUAGUUUAUUAAAGAAAUAUAUAAAAAAUAAAUGUAAUAAAUUAAAAAAGAAGUAUAAGAAUAUGUAUUUAAAAAAGUAUCCAGAAAAUAAACAAGAAGAGAAAUUAAGUAAGAAAAAAAAUAUCAAAUAUGAAUUAAAAAAAAAGAAAAAAAAAGAAAAAUGUUCCUUUUCAACAAUAGUAGAAUCAGUUGAACGUGAUGAAUUAAUUUAUAGAGAUAUAACUGAAAUAGAUUGUGAUAAAAAUUUACCAGAUUUGAAAAUAAAUUUUAUAGUUAUGGGUGCAUAUUGUUUUUAUCAAAAGGAUAUGAAACCAUUUCAAGAUAAAAAUACUUUUUUUUAUAAAUCUCCAUCAUAUAUAUGUGAUUCAGAAAUAUCAGUAGCAUGUAAAAAAGGAAAAAAAGUAGAUUUUCCUAAUCAAGAUGAUUUCACAAUUAUUCAAACAAAUGAUUGGAUAUUAAUUAUGGUUUUUGAUGGACAUGGUCCAUCAGGUCAUGAUAUAAGUAAUUUUGUGCAUGUAGUUCUUCCAUUAUUAUUUUCAUAUAAUAUUGAAAAAAUUUAUGAAAAUCCAGUACGUACUAUGAAAACUUUAUUUUAUAUGAUAAAUUGUUAUUUGGUAAAUUAUUCUUAUUGUAUUAAUAAUAAUAUUAAUCCAAUAAAUAUUAAUUUUAUUGAUUAUAAUUUAAGUGGAACCACUUGCACAAUCAUUCUUUAUAAUUUUAUUACAAAAAAAAUAUAUUCUGCACAUACAGGUGAUAGUAGAGCAGUCAUGGGCAAACAAAAUCCUCACACCAACAAAUUCUCAGCAUAUAAUAUAACAGAAGAUCAUAAACCAUCUUUAAAGUUAGAAAAAGAUAGAAUUCUUGCAUUUGGAGGAGAAGUCAAAAAAUUACAUGGAGAUGUAGCAUAUAGAGUUUUUGUCAAAGACGAAAUGUAUCCAGGACUAGCCAUGAGUAGAGCAAUCGGUGAUAUUACUUCUUCUUUUAUAGGAGUUACAUGUGAACCUACUAUCAAAAUAUUAGAUAAAUUAGAAGAAGAUAAAUUUAUAAUUGUAGCUACAGAUGGUAUUUGGGAAUUCAUAAGUAGCGAGGAAUGUGUGCAAAUGGUUUCAAAAAAAAAAAAAAAAAAAGUUCACAUUGCAAUG